GACUUGUUUGCACUGGGCGUGCAAACGGAACCAUGCUCCGGUGGUGGCUCACCUGCUGCACGCCGGUGCCGACAAGGAGAUCCUCACCAAGAAAGGAGAAAGACCGGCCCAGUUAACAUCAAAAACAGAGAUAAGGAAGAUGUUGGGAGUGGAAGAUGGCGAACUCCCGGACUUAAAGAAAGAUUCAGAUCUGCCAAUCAUCCCCAAUUACCUGGCCAACCCACCUUUCCCGUACGUUUAUAACACCAUGAGUGACAGUAUCCCAGACCCCUCCGUGAACGGGAGUAUCUCACAUUUAGACCUGCAAGACCCCGACUCUUCUUCCUUACCUGACGUGGAGACUUGCGCCCGGGCGCCGUUCCAGCUCAGGAGCGCCGCUCUCGAGACGGUGGCUGGUCCCGGAGGCCCAUCCCUGCCCCGGGGAUGCUCGGUGCCGCCGCACGCACAACCCCUCCUUCCGAGGGCUCCGCUUUACCAGGGCUCGGUGUCUUGGAGCAGAAGCUCCCCUUCACCAGCUGGAUCAAAUCAGUCCGUGCCUCAGCAGGAGAACGGCUCCUGCCCAGGGCCGGUGCCAGCAUUCCAGCCGGUUUUCUUCACAGGAGCUUUUCCACUUAAUAUGCAAGAACUGGUGCUUAAAGUUAGAAUACAAAACCCGAAUCUUAGAGAAAAUGACUUCAUUGAAAUUGAACUGGAUAGACAAGAACUGACCUACAAGGAACUGCUCCGAGUGAGUUGCCGUGAGCUGGGUGUUAAUCCUGAGCACGUACAGAAGAUCAGAAAAUUACCAAAUACAAUGUUAAGAAAGGACAAAGAUGUUGCAAGACUACAGGAUUUCCAAGAACUGGAGCUUGUUCUAACAGUAAGCGACAAAAACUUGCUUUUCAGAGUCCCAACACUUUCUGAACAGAGUGGUUAUAACAAGAAGGCAUCAGAACUUACAUAUUAAUUGUUUAAAGAAUAAAGCAAAAGAUUUGUAUCUCUCAUUUAAAAAUUAAGUUUGAAAUAGAGUAUCUAUAAGGGCUAACGAUAUGAAAAAGUCUAUUUUGUUAACUUGAAAUAAACUAAAGUCAUUAUGCA